CUUUGGAUUAUGACAACUCCUAAAGUACCAUGAAAAAUCCCAUGAUUGUUUAACCAAAAUAUAUGCAAUUGACUAAGCAAAAGGGAGCAGUCGUCCUAGUGGAGGUGCUCUAUAUAUGUCAAAGAAGAGAAAAGCCUCUGACAUGAUUUAUAUGGAGAGAGGUGGUUAGCCAGCUAGGCCAAGCACAAAAAAUCCUCGACUAGUCUUGAAUGGUGUUCUUCAGAGUGACUCUCUCUUCCAUACAUUGUCCCAAAUAUUAUUUGCAUGUUAAGCAGGAUCUGAGAGAUUGUUGAUAGAUCUGCAGGUAGAUAGCUAGUAGAGUUCUUUUUCUUUGGAGACAUGGAGGACUCGAGCCUGUUCAUGGAGUGGGCCAUGGAGACGCUGCAGCACCUGCACCCGCUGCCGGCGACGCCGCCGCCUGCCGGCGGCGGGUACGCCGGCGACAACGCGACUUUUCCGUCGCUCCAAGCGCUCCGCGAGUCGUCGGUGUCGCAGAACGGCAUGGCCCCGCCGGAGCCAACGGCGCACGAAGGCCACCGAGCCUCCAACAGCUGGAGCUCGGGCGACACGGACAGCGUGUCCGGUGGCGGCGGCGGCGCGGUCAUGGAGCACGACGGAUGGUCGACGUCGCCAAAUUCGGUCAGGUGCGCCGCUGGCGGCGGGGGCGGCGGCGGCGGCGGCGGCCUCUGGCCCGUGAGCUGGAACUUCUCGUCGGCCAUGACGCAGCCGUGCAACGAUCAGGCCACGCCGUCGAACCCGCCGACGACGACGAGAGCGCGCUACGGCGGCGGCGGCGUUCGAUACCUGCCGGCCGCCGUGUCGCCAUCGCCAUCUGCACAGACACGGAGAGCCUCCUCCAAAGGCAACGGCGGCGGUGGCUCCGGCUCCUCGUCGGCGGCGCCGUACGCGCAGGAGCACAUCAUCGCGGAGCGCAAGCGCCGGGAGAAGAUCAACCAGCGGUUCAUCGAGCUCUCCACCGUCAUCCCGGGCCUCAAGAAGAUGGACAAGGCGACGAUCCUCUCCGACGCGGUGAGGUACGUGAAGGAGAUGCAGGAGAAGCUCAGCGAGCUCGAGCAACACCAGAACGGCGGCGUCGAGUCGGCAAUACUCCUCAAGAAGCCGUGCAUAGCCACGUCGUCGUCGGACGGCGGCUGCCCCGCAGCGUCAUCGGCCGUGGCUGGAAGCAGCAGCAGCGGCACGGCGAGAAGCUCGCUGCCGGAGAUCGAGGCGAAGAUCUCGCACGGCAACGUGAUGGUGAGGAUCCACGGCGAGAAUAAUGGCAAGGGGUCGCUGGUGCGGCUGCUCGCCGCGGUUGAAGGGCUCCACCUCGGCAUCACGCACACCAAUGUCAUGCCCUUCUCGGCAUGCACCGCCAUCAUAACCAUCAUGGCAAAGGUGGAGGACGGGGUGAGCGUCACAGCUGAGGACAUUGUAGGGAAGCUAAACACUGUGCUCCAGCAAAACAGCAGAAAUAGCGCGCGAGAAACAAAAAGCUGACAAACAGCAACAAACGACAGCUGCUAGCUAGCUUGGCUAGCUACUCAAUCAGGCAUGUUGCCAUUGAUUCCAGAACAGUGUAAACACACACUCUCUCUCGAUCUGCUCGUCGUGUACUUGCGUGCAUCUGGCCCGUGAUGCAUGCAUUUGCACAAAUAAAUCUAGCACUGGAUACAAUUUAUCUUAGUGCAAUAAGUUUAAAUAUAUCAUAUUUAGUACUAGAUUUAGUUUUUUGGACGGAGAGAAUACUAGCUAGAGCUACGAAUGCACUCUCUAUAGCCGAAUAAUCUUAAGAUGUACCGGUUCAACUUUUUUUAAAGAUGUUCAUAGGAGAUAAGAUGUGUGCAUGUACAUUUAUAUCAAUGAGUGUUUUGCAUGUUAUGAGUA